CAGCUCACACACAGUCUGGCGGAAAGAAGCGUCAGUGAUUUCUUCAGCUCUGUGCGCAGACAGCGCAGACUGCUGCUCCGCCGCUGACGGGACUCUACGGACAUAUCGUAAGAGCCGUUGGUGAAUGCCUGGCCUCUCGUGCGUUGACGUAACCAGACGGAGGUUUUCUCUUUUUUUGGGUAGCGCGCGGAGAGGAGAUGCACACGGCACUAGCGUGAGAGUGCAUGUUUCAGACGAGUUGGAAACCCCCCCCCCUCAUACAGUAGCAUCGGGACUGGGGGCCAAGCAGGAGGAAAGUUAUUACGGGGACCAGAAGUAAGGGGACAAUGCGUGUCCACGUGCACACCAAGUUCUGUUUCCUGUGCGUGUUCACCUUCCUCUUCCAUCAAUGCAACCACUGCCAUGGAGAAGAGCACGACCAUCAGCACGGUGAACAUCACCACGCCGACCACGCCCACAGCGACCUGCAGAUUUCUGAGGCUCCAUACGUGAGAGGAGCCACUUUGUCUCCGGAGGCCAAGAGUUCUCAAGGGCACACCCUAGAGGAGGAGCAGCGCUUCUACAUCCAGCAGCUAUUCAGGCGCUACGGCCAGAAAGACCGGCUAGACUUCCAGGGAUUUCAGAGUCUGCUGGUUAACUUGGGUCUGGGUGAAGUGAAGGUGGUAGAUGUAGAUCACGAGGAGCUGGGCCAUGACCACGUAGCUCACCUCGACCUGGUGGAUAUGCAGGAGGGGCUUCACUCCCAUUCAUCCGACAAUGAAGAGCAUAGCCACGGUCACGGUCACGGGCACGGGCACGGUCAUCCACACCACAAGCCUGGCUCCCACCAUCCACACACAGAACAAGCUCCCACCAGGUGUACCCAGCAGACCACUACUGCCAGUCCAGCUGCUGGUGCACCUACAGGACAUGACCAUAAACAUGAUCACACCAAGGUAGAGGAUAGUGACCAUAAACAUUCUGAUGGACAUGUGCAGGACACACACGAUCAUGACCACGACCAUGAUCACGCACAUGAAAAAGAGCGCAAACAUGAGCAGGUACAGGAGCACUCUAACCACAAGGACCUGUCCUCCCAACCUCACAGUGAUCACGACCACAGUGAUCACGACCACAGUGACCACGACCACAGCGAUCAUGGCCACGGCGACCACGACCACAGCGAUCACGACAACAGCGAUCACGGCCACAGCGAUCACGGCCACAGCGAUCAUGAACAUGACCACAAUCAUGUCCCCGAAGUGCAGACGAUCACAGACACCCCCCCCCUCAGCCAGGGACAGCAGCCCUCUGCCCGGUUGGAGCCGUCCCAAGUCCCUCAGGUGCAACAGUCCUCUCCUGCCACCACAGAAAGUCGGCCCAAGAAGCAGAGAAAGCCAGGCAGGGUCAGAGGACAGCGAGGGCGAAACAAAACUCCUUCUCCUCUCACACCUCAGCCCGAUGACCACGACCAUCAAACUGAACACAGUCACGACCACGAUCACGGUCACGGUCACAGCCACUCUCAUAAAGAUAAGAGAGAAGCACCAGUAGGGCCUGCACGCCCCACUCUGCCAGUCCCCAUCUUGUCUGGCCACCCACAAGGAUUGUCUCAUCAGCAUGAGGAGUGUUUGAACCUGACUCAACUCCUCACCUACUACGGCCUGAAUCCCGAAUCGCUCAUCUCCCCCAGCCAGUUCACCUACCUGUGUCCUGCCCUGCUCUACCAGAUAGAUAGUCGCGUCUGCAUCCGCCAUUACCACCAGAUGGAUGUGCGCCAGAAAGACAUGGAGCCCGUCAGUUCCGUGUGGGUGUGGCUGUGGGGGUUUGUGUCCAUCACCAUCAUCAGCCUGCUGUCUCUGCUGGGCGUGGUGCUCGUACCCAUCCUCAAACAAUCCUGCUUCAAGUUCCUGCUCACCUUCCUGGUGGCGCUGGCAGUGGGCACGCUCAGCGGCGACGCUCUCCUUCAUCUGCUGCCUCACUCUCAAGGGCAGCACGACCACAGCGAGCAUGGGACGAGUCAGGAAUCAGAACCAGAAACUGAUCUGGUGACAAAAUUUGACGGAGUGUGGAAGGGCCUGACGGCGCUGGCCGGCAUCUACCUCCUCUUCAUCAUCGAACACUGUAUCGGCAUGUUUAAGCACUACAAAGACCACAGGGGCAUGAAGAAGGCGAGCGAGGAGGGCAAGAUUGGCAGGAAGUUGUCAGAUCACAAAUUAAAUAGGCGCUCGGAUGCAGAGUGGCUGCACCUGAAGCCGCUCAGCGAAGACCCCGACAACACCGCCAUCUCCUGUGACAACGGCCACAACGACACGCAGCUCACAGAGCUCCAGACGCCCAACUCUCCCACCAACAAGACGCCACUGGCACCCGCAGACCCCCAACAAGACCGCCAGUCUCCCACCAAGGAGAACGGACGCAAGGCCAAGCAGCACGGACACUCGCACAGCCACGGCCACGGUCACUCCCACGGCGGGAACUGCCACUCAGAGCAGGAGAUGAAGGACGCCGGUAUAGCCAGCAUCGCCUGGAUGGUCAUCAUGGGCGACGGCAUGCAUAACUUCAGUGACGGCAUGGCUAUAGGCGCAGCAUUCAGUAAGAACCUGACAGGAGGCAUCAGCACAUCAGUGGCUGUUUUCUGCCACGAAUUACCUCAUGAACUCGGUGACUUUGCAGUGCUGCUGAAAGCGGGGAUGUCAGUGAAGCAGGCCAUUUUCUACAAUCUGCUGUCCGCCCUCAUGGCCUACGUUGGCAUGGUGAUUGGCACAGCUGUGGGCCAGUACACAGACAAUGUCACCAGCUGGAUCUUCGCCAUCACGGCUGGCAUGUUCCUUUACGUGGCUCUGGUGGAUAUGCUGCCAGAGAUGCUUCACGGGGACAGCGAGGACCACAAGCGCUGCCAGCUGGGACACUUUCUCCUGCAGAACGUGGGCCUGCUGACCGGGUUCGGCAUCAUGCUGCUCAUCGCCAUCUUCGAAGACCGCAUCUUUGUCGAUUUGGGCUUUUAGUCGAGGAGAAGAGGGGGUUGCUGGGAAUUGUAGGAGGAGCUGGAUGUAUCAAUAUUGUCCUUCUUGGCCUUAACACGCUUUGUUUGCAAUGUAACGGCCCAGUCUCGCAUGCAACAUGGGUCUCGUUCAUGGC